CCUCGGUGCUCUCAGUAAACCGGUGUCUGCCUCCAGCCUCUCAACUAGCAUCAAAACCUUCCACUCCGGAGUGCAUGGACAGUCCUUCGGCAGCGUUGCCAGGUCUUUAAGGGGGUUUUCGCUGCUCGGAGUCAAUUUUUUACUCAUUUAUCGGCUGAACUAGUUUUGAGAAAAAAAAAAACAAACAUUUUCCAGUUUUUUAGCGAUAAAAGAAGGAAAGAUUUUUUUUCCCCCCGGUUAAAAUGCCCGGUUGAGGAGGUCGCGGUGUUCAGUCGGUGGAAUUCUUUGCGCGCAACUUAAAAGUCUCUCACUACUACCUGUACGGCGAGUUACGCGUUCCGUGCAUUUGUGUGUGUGUCCCGUGAUGAAAGGUGUAGUGAUUUUGUUUCUGCGUCAUUUGCAGCAUCGCUACCGAACAGAUACGUGUGCAAAUACGUACAACUGUGAGGAAAAUUUUAAUCUUUGAUUUUUUAUUCUACGAGCGCCGUUGAUCGGCGAAUACUGGAUAUUGUAUACUCGUACGCUGACGUACGAUCGUUUUUUCACCAACGCUGUGGAUUUAACGGAUGUCGUCAUAUACCCGUGACAAUUAUUGGAAUACGAAAAUCUCUCCGAUAAGAUUAACGGAGGAAAGGGUACCGCCCAGAUUAUCGGCUCGAGGCUAUAAGUGCAGCGAAAGGUUGCCGAUGAAAAGUUUUCCUGCAGAAAACGAAAGCUCGUGUAUAUCUGCCAAAGUAAAAUACCCGAUCGCCUACGCUCGGCUGUAGAAAAGAAGAAGGCGGUGGCGGUGGGUUGUACGUACAGGUGUUCGUUAUAAACCUGGCCCAAGAAACCGCGCAGGUGAUUUUUACCUGAGAUAAUCGAAUGGAUGCUGCGGCAAUCGAUUAUCGGCGUGAUUUACGCAUUCCUUAUAAAUUACACGCCUGCCGCGGUUUUCGUAAUUAGAAAACGGCGACAUGUUCCUCCGUCCGGGUUAACGAGAAUAGGACAUUUCUCUUGAAUUUCUACCGUCGACGAAGUUAAUCGAAACAACCGCAGAGGGAGGGUGAUAAUGUCGCCCGACGUUUGAAGGAAAAAGUGAAACGCAGAAAGAGGACCGCGAACUGGUUAUCAAAAACGAAAGUCGUUACGGGACGUGUGUUCGACAUUCGCCGGACAUUGAAUUGAUAUGGAACGAAAUGACGGAAACGCUGGUGCCGGCGGUCUUGAAAGGAAUUCUGGAAUUCCAUCGCUGACUUCAGCCAACCACGCUUCAACGCUGCAUCACAACAAUCCAACGAAUUCUGGAAUCAAUGACAAUCUCAAUCAGGUCGGAGACAGAGGAUGGGAGGUCCACCACGUUACUGUGACCAGAGUUCCCGGCUACGGAUUCGGCAUCGCCGUCUCUGGAGGUCGAGACAAUCCCCAUUUCACUAAUGGAGAUCCGGCGAUCGCCAUUUCUGAUGUACUGAAGGCUGGUCCUGCGGAAGGGAAACUUCAGGUGAACGAUCGCAUUAUUUCCGCCAAUGGUGUUUCUCUGGAAGGCGCGGAUUACGGUGCAGCUGUCAGAGUUCUUCGGGACUCUGGAUCCACGGUUCUUUUGGUCGUAAAACGUCGGGCCACCGCCAACGUUCCCGGAUCACCGGGAAGUUCUGUGCCUCAAAGUCACAGGCUCACGUUAACCAGAAAUAAUAAAAAAGACGACUUUGGAAUUAUUCUGGGAUGUCGUCUUUACGUGAGGGAAGUUACCCGAGAGGGAACCGGGGUCCGACCCGGAGAUGUGCUGACGAGAAUCAGUGGGGUAGCUGCCGAAAAUAUGAGCCUGAAGGAGGCGCGAAAACUGAUGGAUCAGUGCAAAGAUCGGCUCUCAAUAGUCGUGACGAGAGAAACUCCCGUAUCUUCGCAUUCGCAUCAGCCAAGCAAAGGAGAGUCUGGUGAAUACUUAUCUGCAGCGAGUUACAGUAGCCAGAAUCUCUACGUACCGCCACCCACCAGGCAGCCAAUGGAAGAUAAAAGUAAUUUGGCACCAAGAGGAAGGUCUAGAGGUCCGCUUUUAGAUGUUUCACUUAGUCAACUUGAUCUCCCAGCUACUCCAACGGUCGAUCCUCCCAGACCACCUCCGCCUAGACCGGAAGAUUAUUAUAGCUCGCGAAGACAGCUUUAUGAUGAAGAUCCUCUCAUUCAACGAACAAAACAACCAAUGCCAGAUCCCAGGUUUAUCACCUUUCAAAAGGAAGGCUCCGUUGGAGUACGAUUAACCGGAGGAAACGAGACCGGGGUUUUUGUAACUGCGGUUCAACCGGGUAGUCCAGCUUCGCUACAAGGCUUACAACCAGGCGAUAAAAUACUCAAAGUCAAUGAUAUGGACAUGAAAGGUGUGACUAGAGAAGAAGCUGUCUUGUUUUUACUCAGCCUUCAAGAACAAAUUGAUCUUAUAGUGCAACAUAGACGUCAAGAAUAUGAUCAGAUCGUUGCAUCGGGGAGAGGUGAUUCUUUCCACAUAAAGACGCAUUUUCAUUACGAGCAACCUGAGAAAGGAGAGAUGAGUUUUCGUUCAGGGGAUGUGUUUCACGUUGUUGAUACUUUGCACAAUGGUGUAGUUGGCUCUUGGCAAGUUUUUCGCAUCGGAAGAAAUAACCAAGAAGUCCAGAAAGGAAUUAUACCUAACAAGGCUCGUGCAGAGGAAUUGGCUACCGCUCAAUUCAAUGCUACAAAGAAGGAAUUGAGUGCCAGCGAAAGCAGGGGUAGUUUCUUCAGGAGAAGACGUGGUAGUCACAGAAGAUCCAAAUCACUUGGCAGGGACCACUGGGACGACGUUGUCUUUUCCGAUAGCGUAAGCAAGUUCCCGGCAUAUGAAAGAGUUGUUUUACGGCACCCUGGCUUUGUACGCCCCGUUGUUCUUUUUGGCCCAGUGGCUGAUCUAGCCAGAGAAAAACUUCUCAAGGAUUUCCCCGAUAAAUUCACAUCCCCUCAAAUGGAGAGCCAGAUGGAUGAGAGCGGUGGGAAAAGCACCAAGUCCUCUGGAAUCAUUCGAUUAAGUGCCAUACGAGAAGUCAUGGACAGAGGCAAACACGCGCUUCUAGACAUUACACCAAACGCUGUCGACCGUUUAAACUACGCUCAAUUCUAUCCAAUUGUAAUAUUUCUCAAGGCAGAAAACAAACAAACCAUUAAAGAAAUGCGUGCUGGGAUACCAAAGUCAGCCCACAAAAGCAGCAAGAAGCUAUUGGAGCAGUGUCAAAAAUUAGAUAAAAUCUGGGGCCACGUAUUCAGCGCAGUCGUUACUCUAACCACUCCUGAAGCUUGGUACAGAAAACUUCGUGAAUUGAUAGACAGACAACAGCAAGGGCCACUGUGGAUGAGUCAGACGAAGCCGGAAGAGGCCCUUUCGGAUGACUUCCUGUUCCCGAUGACUUCUCGCCUCUCCUACGCUUCCUCCCCGGAGAGUGACCUGGAGCUGAGCCCUGCUCCCCCCCUUCCUGGUGCUUUGGGGCCACCGAGCAGAUUGAAGAGUAGCUCUGAUCCGAGCAUCGCUACUCAGGAUGACACCGCAGCACCACCUCCUUAUACAACGAAUUAUCAGGCAUUUGAACAACAUAAACGGAGAUCACAGGGCGGUGUAGGUGAUAGCAAGUAUGGUUUUUCAUUGCCCGGUCAGACCAAUGAUCAAUCAGGUCCACCCCAAUAUCCGGGGGUUCCACCUCAGCCAAGAUCUCCGCAUCAAGGACCUCCCGACUUACCACCGAGGGUAGAUCGAAACGUUAAACCACCAAAUCAAAUGCAGCGUGGGACCGUCGGUCGUACUGCUCAGGAGAGACUCGCUAACAAGACUGACUCGGUGUUGGAUACGGGAAAUUACAUCAAUGCCACUCCUCAUAGGGCCAAUACAACUUCAUCCUUAGAAAGAGCACAGCCAAAAGCAGGAAGUUACGACAGUAUGUCCUCCUAUGACUCUUAUAAUAAUACUAACGGAAAUGGGACGUACACCGCGACAAACUUAAACACAUCGACUGGGCGACUAGGACCAAACGUUCCGGAUGAUUUAAAAAGUGGUGGAGUUCCGGUUUCACCGAGGGCUCACGAUCCUUAUAGAUUCACCAGGUCUACGGCUCAGCCUAUUCCGGCUCAAGAGAAUCAAACCCGAACCGACUAUGCCAAAUACAGCCGAACUGGAGAUUAUAAACCUGCAGUUCCACCGCCCCAAGGAAAACCAAGUGGUUCUUACAAACCAAUACCACCUCCAAAACCCAAGAACUACAGGCCCCCGCAGCAGCCAAUACCACAGGAUGAGACAAACGGCGGUAAUUUGUAUCAACAUGCCAAAAGUUAUUCCAUCGCCACAUCCCACAUGCAUAAUGGGGCUGAGAAUGGCGGUAACAUUCAGCGUAACAGCGGCCAGUACUACUACAACAUUCCUCCACCUAAUCGUAAUAACGAAGGUUACAACGUGAACUCGAAUCACAAUCAUAGUCACAGUCACACUUCUCCGCCAAAUCAUAGUCACAGUCUUAGUCACACGCAUCCUCACUCCAGUCCUCCUAUGACGCAUUCGCACAGCAACAGUGCCGGCCAAAUUAAUCUUGGCCAUGCACAUAAUCGCAGUAAUGUAAACCAUAAUGGACACAGUCACAGUAACAGCCAUGGAGGCGUUACAGGGAGUACAUCAAAUGGGAAUGCUGGACACAAUCGAGAGCCCAGCGGACUCGACUUAGCGGGAAGCAGGGAGCAAAGAGGCAGUGCCUUUGAACUUUACAGGAAACCGUUGCAUCAUCACAAUGUAAGGAAACUUGGUGUGGCACGGGGUGUGUUCUGUAGCAAUGGCGGUAUUUUGGAAGGGCCAGGGGGUGUUACACUGACUGUACCCCCUGGAGCCUUACCUCCGCAGUCAGAACAGGAGAUCUACUUCUCUGUAACAGCACCACGUAUACUCGAAUCGAAUAACACUACCGGGCAUUGUUCGCCUGUAUCACCACCUAUGCAUCACGGUGAAUCUCUACUGAGUCCAGUAGUUGAGUGUGGACCUCGUGGCUUGGAUUUUUUAGCCCCUGUAGAACUAAGGAUUCCUCAUAACGCUACACCCGCACAUCGGUUGGCGCUGAAAGCUACCGACACGGAAAACCAUUCGAAUGCUAAUUGGUUGGAUGUCAAACUGCCAAACCAUACUUCUAAUUAUGUCACUGUACGUCUUGAUCAUUUCUAGAUUGUUCAGUCUAUUUAUAUUCACGUAUCAAAAGCAAACGGACUGCUAACUCUGCCAUUAAUCGAUUCAGUUUUUAAAAAAAUCGGAGACUCAAUGAAGCAGGAUUGCAAGUCUGUCUUCGAAAUUAUAAUCUGGCAAAGCUAACGAACAGACAGAAGAGACCAUUAAUUUAUAUUUUAUCGUACAUUCUCUAUGAGAAUCUUGUUUUUUUUCUUCAUUUUUCUGUUUUCUUCAUUCUAUUAUUUUUGUUACGAUUCCAACAACUUUAAUUACAACUAAUUAAGAUACGAAUUAAAUUACGUUGAAAGUUUUUUGUUUCUUCACGACAUAAAGAAAGUAAGACUAAAAUACCAAAUAAAUUAGACUAUUACAAACUGAAGUAAAAAGAUUCUGUCGAAUAAUAGACAGAUUACUAGUACUACUUUUAUCAUUGAGAAUGAAUUAAAAGAAAUAUAGGACGUAGAAUACGUGAUUACGUAUACCAACCAGUCUUGUUGCAAUCGGUUUUUGCGAUCGAGUCAAUAUAUACACUUUAUGAUAAAUGUUAUUAGCAUUAUUGAUUAAUUUUAAUGUUUUGAAUUGUGAUUUUUUUUAACUUUGUAAGCUACAUUUAUUUGCAGUAAUUUCGUAGUAAUAUGUAAUAUUAACAUACCCUGUUAGAAAAUCGAUUAGUAAACUCGUUGUCAAAAUAGUAGUAAGAUUAUGACAUCGUUAUGCAAUUGCAUAAUGCAGAUGCGAAAAAUAAAUUUUCAUAAUGCUUGAUAAGCUCCAUAUCGACCUACGAGUAGAUGACGUAUCUGAAUCAUUUUGGAAGAAAAAAAAAUGAUUUAUACAACCUCUACUCCGGUCUCAUCUUUUGCUGUGCUGAUCGUCACUAAAUAAUUAUGUGUGCGCGAACCUCUUAGACUCUUAUGAACCUAUAGAGAUAUUAUAAACGCAUUAAAAAUCUGGAGGCUCAAUUGUUAAUUUGCAAAAAUGACGUAUGAUUGGCGAAUCUUGAAUCUCAAUACGAUUUGUAAACAAAUAAUGAAUAAAUAAUUGCAACACUUUUAUUGUUAAA